CGACGACGGCUACAGUGACACAUUCGACGCAUUGCACGCCAUGCACCACGCCCUCGCGGCCCAUUGUUGAUCCGCGCGCUCCCUGGUGCCUGCCGACGGACGCUCUGAUUGUGCGCGUAGCAUAGUGCCCGCCGUUUCCGCUUCUCUGUAGAGUACUUGCAUAUACCCUUUUUACGCCGUAUCAUAAUCUUGCAUAAUGGACCACGACGACGCUGCCGACUUGUCCUACGCGUCAUGGAACCCCGCCCUGCGACCGCAGCAGCUUCCAGUGCAGCAGUCUCCCGUGCAGAAGCCUCCUGUGCAGCAGCCAUCCUCACAGCAGCCAUCUUCACAGCAGCCACCUUCACAGCAGCCACCUCCACAGCACAUCCCGCGGCAGUCCGAGUCCGAAGAGGACGAAUCUGAAGAAGAGUCCGAAGAGGACGAGGACGAAUCUGGAGACGAAUCUGAAGACGAACCAGAGCCGCAGGCAGCUCCAGCACCGGCACCUGCCGCCCCAGUGCCUGUCCCCUCUGCUGUGCCCACUGCAGCUGCGCCCACGCCCACGCCCACCUCUGCGCCCGUCCCUGCGCCCGCCUCCCCCAGCGAGGACACAUCUGAAGAGGAGGACGAAGAGGAGGACGAAGAUGAGGACGACGAGGAGCAAGACGAGCAGUCGCCACCGGCGACCGCCACCCAGAGCACCGUUCUUCCACCGCAGCCGCUGACCCCGAAGCAGGCCGAUGCGCCCGCUGAUGCUCUACGCCGUCUCCACAUUGCUGGACAGACGCCAACGCAUGUCGGGCGGGGUCCCGCUGAGCCCUCCGAGUCUGAAGAGGAGAGCUCGUCAGAGGAGGAAGAGAGCGAGGACGAGGUGCCACCUCAGCAACGGCUCGCCGAGAACUACGAGCACCAGGGCGAGACGACAAUCCUGGAAGACGCCGUCGUCGAGAGCGCCAGCGUGCCUCUGGUCCAAGACACCGAAGCUGCAGCCGACGACUGGGGUGCUUCUGGCGACGAAGCAUUCGACCUCGGUGCUACUCAGCUGCAGCCGCCUCUAGAGACCCCCCUCGCCGAAGCAGGAGGAACAACGGUUGGCGACAGCGUGAUUGGCAACACAUCCGUCGGCGGCAAUGCUGGAGAUGGCAUCGAUUGGGGCAACGCAGACGCUCAGGACGACUUCUUCGCAGGCGCUGCAUCUCAGACGAUCGAGCCUGCACAGCCAGAGGCCGGAACCCCUGGAGCUCACGUGGUACAACAAUCGGAAUCUGCACCAGCUGCCAAAGACGGUUGGGAUCUUGACCUCGAUGAUCUUGAUUUGGACGACGAAUUCCUGCCCGAUACCGAGGACGCUCUCGCACUCGAGCUCGAUGACGAUCUCCUGGAAGACGAGCCUGAAGUACCAGCCGAGCGGCCCCCAACAACAGCGAGAUCUGUAUCCAGCACCGUCAACAGAUAUGCACCAGCACAGAUUGCGCAGGCCACGGCUGCACCAGCAUCGCCCGCAAACCCUUAUGCGCCUGCGGGCGUGCAAUUCACAAACAUUGCGCCCGCCGCCCAGGCACCCGCUGCCUCCCCGGGGACAAUGUACAAUGGCUUUGGUCAGCCCAUCUCACACCAGCAGCCGGCUCGUCCUGCCAUGGCAAGCUCAGGACAGAGCUUUGCCGACAAGUCCAAGGGAGGAUAUGCAUCGCCGUACGACCUGCCCGACGACAUUGUCACCACUCGACGCCGAGCCGCGCCUCGAGCCACAGUUCCAGCCGCGCAGCCUACUGCACCUCCGCCGCCUCGAAGUAGUAGUGUCGUCUCGAACUCUGGGCCUCCACGGCCUUCGCUUCCACCUUCCAGUGCGACUGUUGCAAGCAUGUCACCGCCCUCUUCAAGUCAAUCGACCCAAUCGAUGACUGGACUGCCAGCGGCGGCACCUCCUAAGCCUGCAGUCCCCGCCAGGGCCCAGACAGCUGACUUCUUUGCCGAGCUACCUGUGACUACAAAACCCAAGAAGCCCUCAGGACGCUACACACCACAACCGCAAGACCAGACUAGCCCACAGAUUCCUCAAGGGCCACCACAAAUGCACCAUGGACCUCCUCAGACCCCCCAAGCGCCUCCCCAUAUUCCUCAUGGGCAUCCCCACGCUGCACAAGGGCCACUUCAGUUCUCUCCCAAGGAGCGAGCGCCACCAUGGUCUGGGCUGCGCAAUGAAGUUCUUCCCGAUUCAAGCAGUGCCCCCGGUUCAGCUCCGUUCAGACAGCCUGAACAGCUGCCCAUGUUCCCGGCGCAGCCUUCGGUGCUCGCAAGAACAAACAGCUUACCUGUCCCACAAGCGUCGCCUACGCAGCCAUCGAGAUACUCUCCAGCUCCUCCAUCAGUAGCACCAGCGAAUGCUCGAUACUCGCCCGCUCCUCCCUCUGCACCUUCUACCACUUCAAGAUACUCGCCUGCUCCGCCGAACGCGCAAGUCGCGGCCCACGCUCGUUAUGGGUCCGAACCUCCUGUGGGCCCUCCUCGACCGCUCUCUCAGGGCCCAUACGCACCUCGCACCUCGAGCCCACUUGCGUACGCUGCUCCUCGCCAACACGAGCAGUCUCUGCAAGGAGAGCCAUCAUCUGAGCCUUCUCACGGUCACCAUGUUUCGCAUUCAAUGGAAAAUGCCCACCGUGCGCAGUUCAAGAGCCCGCUGGAAGAUGUCAGUGAAGUCGAAGAAAGGGCAGCAGCUCCGGCUUCCCAGCUACCCGUAGCUGCUAGAUCCAGCACACCCCCACUACGAAGCUACCCGCCAUCUAAUGUUGGUUCACCUAGGAAGACCGGAAACUACACACCGCAAUAUCAGCCAUCGCCUCCUCGAUCGGACACCCAUUCGCCCACGGCCACCAUGAAGCCUCCCACUCGGAGCUUGACUGCGACGUCCGAUUACCAAGCCUCUGCUUACGGGGUGAUAUCACCACCUGCUGCUGCUCCUGCAUACAACAAGCCAACCGCCAAGAAGCCGACCAACAGUAUCCCUCAUCGGAGGCAAACGUCACUGAGCCUGGAGUAUGAAAACAUACCUCCCGCAGAUGAACGCGCUCAGGAUCCUCUACAGCAGUGGAAAGGUGCGCCCAUCUUCACCUGGGGUCUUGGAGGUACUGUGAUUACGACUUUUCCGAAAGAGAUUCCUCGUUACGGUGGUGGAAAUUCGGCGCCAAUGGUCAAGCGCAGUCCUGGCGAAGUCAAGAUACAGAGCGUCAAAGAGUUACUGCCUGAAUCAGAGGAUCUCACGAAGUUUCCUGGACCGCUCAAGUCGAAGGGAAAGAAGAAGGAUGUUUCAGCUUGGCUUGGGCACAAACUUGAAGCCUUGGAAACCCAACGAAAGGAGCCUGGAUUUGAGCACUCGUUGAGUGAAGACGAACAGAAGCGCUUCGAAGACAAGCACCUGCUUUGGAAGGUGCUGCAGAUGCUGGUAGACAACGAUGGGCGUCUGGAGGGUGAUGCUGCUGAGGCUGCUGUGAGGAAAGCCCUGGCUGCCGAGGAACAUGACGCAGCCGACACUGAAGGCUCUUUCUCGACAACAGCAGAUAUCGUCGGUCGUACCAGGACCAACACCUUGCAGGCAGAGCCUGUCGACCCUCGGGCAAUUGAGGAUCUCCAGAAGCUGCUCACCAAGGGUGACCGCGAGAAGGCAGUCUGGCACGCGGUCGAUCAGCGAAUGUGGGGCCACGCCAUGCUCCUGUCAUCCACACUGAAGAAAGACACCUGGAAGCAAGUCGUCCAGGAAUUCGUUCGCAAAGAGGUCAAGAAGGUCGGCGGCAACAAUCAAGCUUUAGCGGUGUUGUACGAGGUAUUCGCUGGCAACCAUGAAGACUGCAUCGACGAGCUCGUACCGGCGUCGGCACGUGCUGGCUUCCAGAUGGUCAGCACCGAUGGCGCUGGCGCGCUGCAAAACGCCCUACAAGGCCUGGACAAGUGGCGUGAGACUGUAGCCUUGAUCUUGAACAACCGCAGUGACGGUGAUGCUGCGGCUCUGCUGUCUCUUGGUCGACUUUUGGCGCAAUACAACCGCAUCGAAGCUGCACACGUCUGCUUCAUCUUUGCGCGUACUGUGGCACUAGUCAACGGGCCAGAUGAUCCGCAGGCCGACCUCGUCCUCAUCGGCGCAGACCACAAGCAGAACACCCUCGAGCUUGGUGUUGAGAUGGAACCAAUCCUGUUGACGGAAGUGUACGAGUUCGCUCUGUCACUCUCAGCACCCACAUCUUCGUUUGUGUUGCCGCAUCUGCAGUCGUAUAAGCUCGCCCAUGCCUACCGUUUGGCCGAGUACGGGUACAGGAGUGAGUCGCAGGCCUACUGCGAUGCUAUCGCUGCAAGCAUGAAGGCGACUCCCAAGUUGUCUCCUUACUACAAUGCAAGCUUCCUCGGCAGCCUCGACGAGCUCAGCCGACGUCUUUCACAGUCGCCCAAGGAUGGUUCAUCGUCUUGGAUCUCCAAGCCAAGCAUGGACAAAGUCGGCAGCUCGCUGCUAUCAAAGUUCAACAGCUUCAUUGCUGGUGAUGACGACGAAUCUUCCGGGAACCCUUCUGCUGGUGCAGAAGUCGGUCCCUUUGCUAAGAUCGCCGGUAACAGCCCAAGCAUCACGCCUUCGCAAUCAAGUGCAGACUUAUAUGGAGCUUACGCUGGCUACGCGGCGCCUGCUCCCCAGCCCUCGGCGCCGUCGAACUCACGCUACGCUCCGUCGAACCCCUCAAGCGCGUACGCGCCACGGGUCUCUUCUGAGCAACAGCGCUCACGUUACGAGCCUGAGGGGCGGCCAUCUAUGGACUCAGUUCGUUCCGCCUCAGAUACUUAUAUACCUGCGUCGCAGCCCUCAAGUCCAUACACUCCUGGCCAGGCAAUGCUGAGCCCAGCAAGUCAGCGUUUGCAGGGCAAAACCCAGUCGUACUCGCCUCUCCGCCCAGAGCCGAGCGCUGCUCUGUCUUACGGCAGUCCGUACAUGCCAACGCCUCCGACCGAGGAAUCUGCUUUUCCCCCAGCAUUUGGUGGGCAUCAACCUCCGCAGGGCAGCUUUGACGACCCUGUCUCUGAUUUAGCGAACGAUGGGCAGCAGUCUACCGGCUACCAGCCAUCAUCAGGAUAUGAGCCUCCUACCAGCUCGUACGAGCCACCUUCAUACACUCCAUAUGAGCCUGAGGCUGAUGAGGACGAUGAGAAAGAGGCGCAGCCCAAGAAGAAAUCUUUCAUGGACGACGAUGACGAUGACCUUGCUGCUCGCGCCUCAGCUCUCAAGAUUAGCAGCGGAAAGACGAGUGGCAAGUCGGAAGCGGAUCGUGCAACAGACGAUGCUUUCCGCAAGGCCGCCGAAGAAGACGCUAAGCGCGACAAGGACGCUGCAGCUCAGAAGAAGGGUUGGUUCGGCGGCUGGUUCAAGAAGGAUCCCAAUCUGGCGCAACAGGGUCCAGGACCGAUCAAGGCUAAGCUCGGAGAGGAGAACAGCUUCGUUUACGACCCUGAGCUCAAGAAGUGGAUUAACAAGAAGGCGGGCGCCACAGAGACAAGCAAACCCACCGCUACACCCCCUCCGCCUCGCGGCGGACCACCAGCAGUUCCCAGGAGUGCAUCAGGCGGCACACCGCCAAUUGGACCACCUUCGAUGGGUCUGCGACCUCCGACAUCAAUGCCACCCCGGAGCUCGUCGAUGCCGCCCCCGAUGGGCAUACCAUCUCGAGCAAGCACGCCCGGUGUCCCAUCAGACAACGAAGGCGCAGCGAAGCCUCCUGCACUCGGACGACCGCCGCUUGCAUCUGGACCACCUUCGCGACCGGGCACUAGCAUGAGCCACGCCAGCAGCAUCGAUGACUUGCUCGGUGCUGCGGCGCCCAGGAAGGGACCUGCAGCGAAGAAGAAGAAGGCUGGACGUUACAUCGAUGUCAUGGCUCAGGGCAAUUGAUAAGGAGACGAGACGUGCAUACAUUUGGCGUUUGGAUUGCAUGGGUUGCGUAGACUUGCUGUUGAGUGGUACGACUGGCAUUCUAUCUUAUGCUGAGACGACUGUAAGAAAUGUGCCAUGAGCUCAUGUAGAAGGCUGUAAUAUCAUUUUCCAUCUUUGAACAAAA